AUGGCUGACGACAAAGAGGUAGAGAAAACGAUUGCCGAGGACUUGGUUGUAACCAAGUAUAAAUUAGCUGGACAAAUCGUGAACCGUGUCCUAGAACAAGUUAUUGCUAAAUGUGUACCCGAUGCCAGCGUUCGUGAAAUAUGCGAAUAUGGUGACAAUCUAUUACUAGAGGAGACUUCGAAAGUGUUUAAGAAGGAGAAGGAUUCCAAAAAGGGCAUCGCAUUUUCGACGUGUGUUUCAGUGAACAAUUGUAUUUGUCACUUUUCUCCUAUUCCAAGUGAAACCGAUAGUGUUCUGAAGCAGGGAGACCUUGCUAAAAUUGACUUGGGCGCACACAUAGAUGGAUUUAUUGCAGUGGUUGCGCACACUGUUGCCGUUGGAGGUGGAGAAGUAUCAGGUCGGGCUGCUGAUGUUCUGCUUGCUGCUCAUCAUGCUAGUGAAGCCGCCUUGAGGUUAUUAAGACCAGGCAAUGAGAAUUAUGCUAUAACUGACGUUGUCCAAAAGAUUAGUACGGAAUAUGGAUGUAAACCUAUGGAAGGAAUGCUGUCACACCAAUUAAAACAAUUCCGGAUUGAUGGAGAAAAAAGCAUUAUUCAAAACCCUACUGAAGCCCAGAGAAAGGAACAUGAAAAGGCAUCUUUUGAAACAUAUGAAGUCUAUGCAAUGGAUGUUCUUAUUUCUACUGGAGAGGGUGUGGGUAGAGAAAUGGACACUAGAUGUACAAUAUAUAAGAAAACUGACGAAGUUUAUCAACUAAAAUUAAAAGCUUCAAGAAUGUUCUACAGUGAGGUACGCAACAAACAUGGUUCUAUGCCCUUCAACUUGAGAAGCUUUGACAAGGAAACCAGUGCAAGACUAGGAUUAGUGGAAUGUGUCAACCAUAAGCUCAUUGAGCCUUUUCAGGUACUGUAUGAACGUCCUGGGGAACUGGUGGCGCAAUUCAAGUUUACAGUACUUUUGUUACCAAGUGGUACACACCGCAUAACUGGUUUGCCAUUUGACAAAGCGCAGUGCCACACAGAGCGUACCAUUAAGGACCCAGAAUUAAAUGCUCUUCUUAACUCAUCUACAAAGUCAAACAAGAAGAAGAAAAAGAAAGCUGGUGCUGAGGAGCCCAUGGAGGUAGAGACAGCUGCCUAG